AUGGCCGAAAUUCAAAAAAAGAAAAGAGUUUUUCUAUCGGUGGAGCAGAAGAUGCAAAUUGCCGAAGAAUUACAGAAGGGAAUUACGGUGAAGGCACUUUGUCGAGAAUAUGGAGUAUCGCAGGAUGUGAUUCAUCGGAUUCGUCGCGACUGUAGACUCCUAUCCAGUUUCGGGACCCGAGGGGGCCGUGUAUUGCAACACAAAAAACGAAGACGAUCUUCGAUUGAAGAUUUAGAAGAGGGAUUGUAUGCAUGGUUCGUUCAACAACGAGCGAUGGGAAACCCCAUAACAGAUUUGCUGUUGCUGGAAAAGGCCCGCGAAAUAUUGGAUGUGCAGGGAGGAACAUCAUAUGCUGGAAGCAGGGGCUGGUUGUGGAAAUUUAAACAACGCUAUGCGAUCCAUUCAGCCCAUACUCAUGGCGAAAAAGCAAGUGCUGACGAAGACGGUGCGCGAAAUUUUAUAAAGAUAUUUAAUGAAAAAAUCGAGGAAGAGGAUUUAAAUUUAAAUUUAAUAUUUAAUAUGGACGAAGCAGGCCUUCUAUGGAAAACUAUUCCUUCGAGGAGCCUCAUAACAAAUGCAGAAAGUAAAUUGGAAGGCAGAAAAUUAAAAAAGGAUAGGGUGUCCAUUGGUUUGUGUAGUAAUGCAACUGGUACACAUAAAUUGGCCCCGAUUUUUAUUCAUAAAUUCCAAAAUCCACGAGCUUAG